GCAAGCUCGGGGCGGCGGCCGCGCCCCCGCGGCAGCCUGCGGGCGGGCAGGCGGCGGCGCCAACAGCGGGGCGGGCCGCGCCGCGCGCCCCACCGUUCCACCCCCCUACCCUGGCCGCCGCCGCCGGGUGAGCGCGGCCCCACGCCGGCUCCCUCACCGCGCAGGGGCGGGAGGAGCGAAGGCGGCGCGGCCUCGCCUUCCUCCUCCUCCUCCGGCGGGGAGCGAGCAACGGGGGAGGGGAAGUUUCUGGCACCUUCUCGCUGGGUCGCCGGCGGCGGAAGCGGCUGGGCUGCCGGCAGCCGGCGGAGGCGGGCACUGCGGCGGCGGCGGCGGGGCGGGCAGCGCCAUGGCCAAGUGGGGGCAGGGGGACCCGCGCUGGAUCGUGGAGGAGCGCGCGGACGCCACCAACGUCAAUAACUGGCACUGGACGGAGCGGGACGCGACCGCCUGGUCGAAGAGCAAACUGAAGGAGGUGCUGGAGGGGCUGGUGGUGGAGGGCGAGGCUGGGCGGUGCGAGAUCGGCGACCUGAAGCACGUGGAAGGCGAGGCGUCCUGCAGCAGCCGGAAAGGGCGGCUCAUCUUCUUCUACGAGUGGAACCUGCGGCUGGGCUGGAAAGGUACAGUGAAAGAAUCUGGUGAGAAACAUAAGGGAUCUGUUGAAAUUCCUAACCUGUCAGAAGAAAAUGAGGUAGAUGAUACAGAGAUAAAUGUUAGCAAAAAGAAAGGGGAAGGGGAUGUUCUGAAGGAUCUUAUGAGAACUGAAGGAACAAUGAAAGUCAGAGAGGCCCUCAGAGAUUAUCUGAAAGCACUCAAAACAGAGUUUACCUUGGGAAUGAUCCUGCCAACAAAAGCUACUGUUGGUCAGGAACUGGCAGCUGAGAGAAAACUAAGUGGGAACAUCAUGCAAGAUUCACCACAUUCUUUGGAUAUUGUUGGUGUAAAAAUUCCAACAGUGAAGAUACUAAUGAAAGAAAUGUUCAACUCCCCAGCAGAUGAACUUUAUGGCAUCUUCACAACUAAGGAGUUGGUUCAGAAGUUUUCUAAAUGUCCUGCUGUGAUUGAAGCUGAAAAAGGAGGGAAACUGCAGAUGUUUGAUGGUUGCGUUAGUGGCGAAUAUGCAGAAUUGGUUCCUAGCCAAAGAAUUGUCUUGAAAUGGAGAUGCAGAAACUGGCCUGAUGAACAUUACGCAACGGUUGCCUUGAAUUUCAAGGAUAUGGCAGCUCAAACGGAACUGCAAUUAGAGUGCAGAGGAGUUCCUGUCUCUAAUGAAGAUAGUACAAGACAAUGUUGGAAGCAGCAGUAUUUUGAAGAAAUACAUAUUUUACUGCAACAAUCCAAAGACAGUACUGAAUGAUAACUGCACUGCAGUUUUGUUAGGGCAUUACUUUUUAUAAAUUGUUAACAUUUGUUUUUUAAAGAAAUAAUUUAUUUGUGGGAAAAAUAAAGACCCACUUCUAUGAUACUAUAUAUAAUUUAAGUAUUAUUUAUGGAUUUUUAGUGAAUAAGAUUGCCUGUAAGUUGGAUUUUGUUCUGCUUGCCUACAGCUUAACUUCAGAGAGUAAUUGAGUCAGCUGCAGUAAGUGUUACCAUCAUAGGUAGCUAAGCUAAAUGAAUCAGUAGAAAGCAGUUGCAGUUCCUUAACAGUCAAUUUAUCAAGUGGCAAAAUUGUCCCUCUAGGAAAUGGGGUGCUCACCACUCAAAGGUAUUAUAAAACUUCUGAUAAAUUUUAACUUUAAAGAAAUGUGGGGGAUAUAGUUUACAGCCUCUUUAAGUAUUUCUUGAGAUUGUUUUAACUGCAGACUGGAUUUCUUUCCAAGGCUGUAGACAGUUUUAGGGAAAGAUAACAACAGUGUCAUGUGAUUAUUGUUGGUAUGAAGGUUAUCACUGUUAAGUCUUGCAUGCACUGUACUCCCUUACUUGACCUCAGCGUGAAAUUUAUUUUGGAAGAAACGCAUAAUGCUUUCCUUUUGGAAUUCUGUAAGCCUUCCACUUAAAUCAUUUAUGGUCCUUUGCAAUCCCAUAGCUUAGCUGAAAUUAAAGCAAACAACUGUUAGAUAAAUUUGACAGAAGAAUAGCUGGGAUAUUUAUUUAAAGUAAAGAAUCAUUACUCUUAAUCAUAACCACAUUGAGGUUAGCAAGGAUAACAUAAUUCUCAAAUGCUUUAUAAAAAGUGUAUGAAUUAAAUAUGCAAUUUGAAACAGUGCAAUUGACCAAGAAAGGGCAAGCUGCCUUUGGAAAAGUUGGUUGCAUCAAUAAAAUGAUUUUACAUGCA